UCCUCGCCAUAGAAAUUGAAUACUUCAAAACGCUCUGUCCAAGUCGGAAGUGGAAUCCUAUCCUUGUCGUUUAUUCCUUGGUUUCCUUCCUCCCAACGCUCACUUGACGCCACCACUCCUCCUCAAAGCCUCCACCACCACCACCACCACCACCACCACUCUCUCUCUCUCUCUCUGCUGCCGCAACCUACACUCCCUCCUCCCUCCCUGCGAAGAUAGAAGGACCAGAAUCGGCGGAGCUGAACCAAAAAUGCCAGGACUCCGAGCACCGUCCGAUUACUCUCAGGAGCCGCCUCGUCAUCCCUCUCUCAUCGUCAAUGCCAAGGAGCCUUUCAAUGCUGAGCCGCCCCGCUCGGCGUUGAUUUUGUCUUAUGUGACCCCCGUGGAUAUGUUCUACAAGAGAAAUCACGGACCGAUUCCUAUAGUUGAUGACAUAGAAAGCUACCAUGUUGAUGUAAGUGGUCUGAUUGGAAGUCCAGCAAAGCUAUACAUGAGAGACAUCAGGAGGCUUCCAAAGUACAACGUCACUGCCACACUGCAGUGUGCAGGCAAUAGAAGGACAGCAAUGAGCAAGGUCAGGACAGUAAGGGGUGUUGGCUGGGAUAUCUCUGCAAUAGGAAAUGCUGUCUGGGGUGGUGCGAAGUUGGCUGAUGUUCUUGAACUUGUCGGAGUGCCUAAACUGAGCAAUGUGACCCAAUCUGGUGGAAAGCAUGUGGAAUUUGUGAGCAUUGACAAAUGCAAGGAGGAGAAAGGGGGUCCAUACAAAGCAUCAAUUCCUCUAAGCCAGGCAACAAACCCUGAGGCUGAUGUUUUGCUUGCAUAUGAGAUGAAUGGCGAGUCCCUUAACAGGGACCACGGUUAUCCAUUACGAGUAGUCGUCCCCGGUGUCAUUGGAGCCCGCUCUGUUAAAUGGCUGGACUCCAUCAACAUAAUUGCGGAACCAUGCCAGGGUUUCUUUAUGGCAAAGGAUUAUAAAAUGUUUCCUCCUACAGUAAACUGGGAUAAUAUCAACUGGGAUACAAGAAGGCCACAGAUGGAUUUCCCUGUUCAGUGUGCCAUAUGUUCCUUGGAGGAUGUGAUUGUGACAGCACCUGGGAAGGUAAGAGUUUGUGGAUAUGCAGCAUCAGGAGGUGGCCGUGGAAUUGAGAGAAUUGAUAUCUCCAUUGAUGGUGGCAAAACAUGGUUUGAGGCCUCAAGGUAUCAAAAGCCUGAAAUACCAUAUGUUGCAGAUGAUAUCAGCAGUGACAAAUGGGCAUGGGUUCUUUUUGAAGCCACAGUUGAUGUCCCUGGUAACACAGAAAUUGUGGCAAAAGCGGUCGAUAUAGCAGGAAAUGUUCAGCCGGAGAAUGUGGAAACCAUCUGGAACUUAAGAGGGAUCCUCAACACUUCAUGGCAUCGGGUCCAGGUUCGGGUCGGUCACUCGAAGAUGUAAGAUCAGAUACUUGAAAAACAAUAGAAAGCAAAGCAUAAGCUGUUCGUACCAUGGAUCAAAUCGCACCCGAAUACAAUGUCCUCGACUGUCCUGAUUGACAUGCACCUGUUGUUUCCCUUGCCUAAAUUUUAAUUUGUUCUGCAUGUUCUUGCAUAACAACAUGAAAGCUCUUUAACACGCUAAGUUUGGCAUCGUUUCACACCAAA